AUGCGCGGCGCUGCCCACCGCCUGGCGAUAACGGAUGGCGACCGACAUUUCACACGAGUUGGCACGCUUGUGCAUAAACGCAUCUUCUGCACCAAAACAACCAUUGGAUUUCGACAACAAAUGGACCACACAGUGCCCCCCAAAGAGUUCAAAUGGACGCCCGGCAACAUGAUCAACGAAAACUUCAAGCUGGGCGACAACGGGCAUGUGUGUGUUGUUCUUAACCGACAGAUUCAGGUUCCAGCUCACGUGGUUAAAUCGUUAUGGAAGAAUGCGGCCGUGCGUUGUGCCGUUGAUGGAGGCUCUAAUCACUGGCGGGAGUUUUUGCUGGGUCAAGGAGCAACCAAAAGGCCGAAGGGCGCGCCAGCAACGGGGGGGCCGUUCGAACCACUCGAUGUGAUAACAGGCGACUUUGACUCAAUAACGGAGGAAACGGUCGAUUUCUUUAAAUCAACGCCCAAAAUACACACUCCGGAUCAAGAUGCAACAGAUUUCACCAAGGCCAUCACAGUGCUUCAACCCGUGAUGGCGCAGCGUAAAAUCCAUGAUGUUAUCGUAUUCCACGACACCUCGGGUCGCCUCGAUCAGGUUAUGGCCAAUCUGAACACCCUGUAUAAAGCGCAAAAAGACAAUUGCAAUGUGUUUCUGUUGAGCGGAGACUCAAUAACGUGGCUCCUGAGGCCGGGCAAGCACACGAUACAGGUGCCACUCGAUCUGGUGAAAACCCAGAGAUGGUGCUCCCUAAUGCCUGUUGGAUCAAUGGCGCACAAUGUAACGACGACAGGCCUCAAGUGGAACCUAUAUCACACCCAAAUGGAAUUUGGCGGCAUGGUCAGCACAUCGAACACCUACUCUACAGAGUUCGUUCAAGUGGAAACGGACGCCAACUUAAUAUGGUCCAUGGGGGCAUACGAUUUUGAGGAGAAGUUACGUCAAACUUCCAAGUGAGCGGUGAGCGGUGAUCGAUGAUCGCUUAUCGCUGGGACGCGACGACAUUGGGUGUGUUUUGAGUACUUAAUUAAGUGAAAUUCACCGAAGUUGUACAAUUUUAAAUGCGAGUUUCUUUUAAUGCUGUUACAGCCAAAGAUGCAAGCGGCUCCAGCGCUUACUUUUCUAAGUCUUACUCUAGUUCUAGGGCAAUGUUACUGUUAAACGAAAAGAAAUGAAAGUUGAAAUGUGACAAAAAUAA